UAUAUUACAUUCCCCUCGAGUAUAAAAUCCCCUUAAGGGUUAGGGUUUAGUUUCAUUUCUCCCCAUUUUCCUCUUCGACCCGCCGCCCUCAAUCGAAGCUGAGCUCAAUGGCAUCGGAGAAGAAGCUCUCGAACCCAAUGAGGGAGAUCAAGGUGCAGAAAUUGGUGCUCAAUAUCUCAGUAGGAGAGAGCGGAGAUCGACUCACGAGAGCCGCUAAGGUGCUAGAACAAUUGAGUGGACAGAGUCCUGUUUUCUCAAAGGCUAGGUACACUGUUCGAUCUUUCGGUAUCCGGCGUAAUGAAAAGAUUGCGUGCUAUGUUACAGUCCGAGGUGACAAGGCAAUGCAGCUCCUUGAGAGUGGAUUGAAGGUGAAGGAGUAUGAGUUGCUAAGGAGGAAUUUCAGUGAAACUGGGUGCUUUGGAUUUGGUAUCCAGGAGCACAUUGAUCUUGGAAUCAAAUAUGAUCCUUCCACUGGAAUUUACGGAAUGGAUUUCUACGUCGUGUUGGAACGCCCAGGAUACCGCGUGGGUCGCCGCCGCCGCUGCAAGGCCCGUGUCGGAAUUAAUCACAGGGUGACCAAGGAUGAUGCCAUGAAAUGGUUCCAGGUUAAGUAUGAGGGAGUCAUUCUCAACAAGUCUCAGAAUAUCACCGGCUAGAGAUCAGGAAUUCGCUCAAGUUCUAGUUUAUCAUCAGUGGGCUAGUUAAUUGUUCUCUUUUUCCUCAAGUUUGUAGAAUGAGCUUUUAUUUGUGAUAAAUUUUUGCUGGAAGAAAGACUUUGCAGAGUUUUUUGGGGGGACGUUUAACGUGUUAUUUGACGUCCAGAACCUGAAGAUAGUUGUUGUCUGCUAUAUGCUCUAUUUGUUUCUCUGGUUUUUCAGCCUGUGAAUUGUUUAAUCUGAGAUCUGUGCUUAUUUUCCCA